CAUCACAAAAGUUCAAAGGUCAGAGGGCGCGAGUUCAAAUGUGGCAUGAGCUUCGAUCUCAAUGUUUACAAUCUGCAGAUAUUUAAUUUAAGGUUACAUAGACCUGUCCAAAGCUCAGUUUUGGGAAGAACCUAUCUACAUGACACCUCGAGGACAACCAACAAAUAGAAGAAGUCGUAGUUUUUCUAGAGCAAGGCGAGCGAUACAUUCAGUUUAACAGACACGUUUUGACACCGAGUCCUCCAUCGUACGAUCAGCAGCCUCCCUUGAGUUAUAGUGUCCCAGUGAACACCAUCCAACAUGGAGUAUGAGAACCAAGGUCUGCUGCAUGAAAUGUUUGUGCGGCAAGCAAAGGCAACACCUGAUAAAAUAGCAGUUGUGACGGACAGUGGCAAGCAAGUUACAUUUGCAGAGCUAGACGAACUGACAGAUAUUCUCGCCACAGCUCUUAGGAUCAAGGGGGUGAAACCCAACACCAGUGUGGGGAUAUACCUUGAGAGAUGUCUGGAGUAUACCAUUGCUUAUAUAGCAAUAUUAAGAGCAGGUGGGGCAUACUUGCCUCUAGACCUUGCUUACCCACGACCAUUGUUGGAAGACAUCAUUGCAGACGCAACCCCUGUUGCCGUAGUAACAUUCGAAGGAUUAAUGGACAGAGUUGCAACUGCAGAGUGCGUGUUAACCCUGGAUGAAGGCUGGGCCGAGAGGCUCAAGGAGGAGAACUCCAAGCAUGCCCCCUUCCCGGGUCCCCCAGUGGUCACUCUAGACUGUUUGGCAUAUACUGUUUACUCUUCAGGGACCACAGGGAAACCCAAGGGCAUCCAGUGCCCCCAUCGUGGUGCGGUGUUCUCCUAUCACUGGAGGCACAAUUUUGCACCUUACGAGGAGGAUGACAGGGAGGCCUGCAAUGUUUUCUUUGUAUGGCCCUAUUGUAAGGGUGUGUACCACUAUAAGGACCCCACCUGCAAGAUGAACUGCCUGACUUCAGAGUUGAUCUACUGGGGCCUGACCUCUAUCCUGGGGAUACAGAAGAAGCCUGUCAGAGCAGCGUACAUCAGUAAUGAGUGGGAACUGUACAACAAACUACUACUCAGGACCAAGCUACCUCAACUCUAUCAUUUGCUCACCGAUCCCAAGUACAGGUUCCCCACUGUGGCUCCUGUUGGUCACUAUGGCAACACUUGUUAA